CCGCCGCGCGCUCCGCUCCAGCACGCCUCCUCGAAGUCCUAGCGAUCCGAUCUGCAGCUGUCCUCGGACUCCAGCCACCUCUUUAGCUCGCCAUGGACCCCAACUGCUCCUGCGCCACCGGCGACUCCUGCACCUGCGCCGGCUCCUGCAAAUGCAAAGAUUGCAAAUGCACCUCCUGCAAGAAGAGCUGCUGCACCUGCUGCCCCGUGGGCUGUGCCAAGUGCGCCCAGGGCUGCGUCUGCAAAGGAGCAUCGGACAAGUGCAGCUGCUGUGCGUGAUGGGGGGGAGCCUGCUCCCCGAUGUAAAUAGAGCAACGUGUACAAACCUGGAUGAUUUUUCUACAACCCUGACCCAUUUCCUACAUCUUCCCCCUUUUCUUCCCUAUGAAAUACGUGAAUAAUAAUAAAAGUUGUUGGCUUUA